AUCGUUUUAUGUCUCACAUAGCUGCUUGUAGAAAUGCAAAGAUCCUGUUACAAAGACAAGAGUUUCAUCAGAUCAUAUUAAUAUCACAAAAGUCAUGUAUCUUCACCUCAAAGGGUGAUUACUGACUCCAGUCAAUUCCAGUUAUCCCCCCAGCGGAUGCCUUUCUAGAGAUGAAGCCAUCGAAGGAAUCUCAGCAAUUCUGGCCUAAACUCCCAAAUCAGCCGCGAAUCCCUAAUGAUACAGCAAUUGUUCUUUUCAGUGUCAGUGUUAACACUGACUGCAAGAAUGCCGAUUCAGUCACCGAAAUUGGAUACACCAUUUAUGAUACCGCCACCAUCUUUCAUGGAGCGAAGGGAGCUCGAAAGAACAACAUCCCCGGGUGUGUGGCUCCAGGCCCUCGUGGUGAGAACAUCACGAGACUGGCGCUUAGCUCCCAUUUCAUCGUAGCAGAUACGGCAGACCAUCACCCUGGAACUUGUGAGUCGCCAGCCCAUACUGCCCAACCCUAUCACUUCACCUACCGCAAGUCAAACCAGAUCCCUCGGGGGCAAAUUCAAAGGACUCUUGAAGAAGGCUUUUGGAAAGCUUCUAUUCAAGGCAUUACCAACCCCCUGAUUCAGAGAGGAGAGCGUCGUGUUGUCGUCCUGGUUGGCUGGGGAGAGGAGAACCACCAUGCCCAGAUCAAGGCCACAUCUUGGUAUAAGAACAAUGAAGCCCUUCAGCAGUGGGACGUUAGACUUCAUCCGACUGUCAGAGAGCGUCUGCCGAAUCCGUCCUUCCUUACCUGUCUGGAUGUCUUCGGAAUUCAGCACCGAGCUCAGUAAGUACCUAGCCCGAAAACUUCCUCCUCCUCCUCUUGUUGUCAAUGGCCAAGUUAGUAUGUGUGGCCUUGUAAUGUAAAUGGAUUUCCGGGUUCUCCCAUAUCUCUAGCGCCCUCCCAGCCUGUUUUCGAAUUUGGAAGCCACUGACAGUCGGGUGCCAUAGUGGUAACGAGGUUGGAUACAAUGCCGGGAACCGCUCAGCAUUCACGAUCCAGCUUCU